AUGCCGACAAAGAGAGUCCGUCAAAACGACUGUGCGCAGCCGGUUACCGCAAAGCGGCAGAAGCGACAGAUGAACGCUUCUCAGCCAACAAACACAAAGAGAAAGGCAGCCGCGGCCUCCAAGCAGGCACCGUCAGGCAAGAGAGCAAGGAAAAACGCGGAUACUGCUGCCAACGCCGCGCAGCUGCAAAACAACAGAAAACGCGUGUACAAGAAGAAAGCAGCCCCGCGCCAGAACAAAGCCCAGCCUGUGCCUAUUACGCCGUCUGAUAGCAGCAACACAAAAGAAGGCAGUCCAGCUGGUGACGAGCAGGCCGACACAGCACCCGGCCCUUGUCCCAGCAACGGCCACGUUGAUACCAAGCCCAGCUCGUCGGAAAGACAAAAGAUGUUUGAGCGUAUGGAGCCGGCUAUGCGCGAGUUAAAGCGACACCUCAGCGGACCACAUCCCAGCGUCGUCGAACUGGCAGCACCAGUGGCUGCAGAAUACAAGCAGAGGGCGGCCACGGUUGCUGAUAUUGUUUACCGGGCCAUGGAGCAGCUUUCAUCUGGCUCCAAGCACACGCUGGGUGGCGACUUGGCUAUUAUGGAAGAGCUCAUCAACGCCGACUCGGUCUGGCCCGUGGACAGGCGCACACACACCUAGCGACCACAACGGAAGCAGCAGCAGCAGUGGCGACGUAAGCAAGGGUGCCGAGUCAUUUACCUCGUUUGUAUCUCGUAUUAUUCAGGGGCUGCAUCAGCAUGCCAAAGGAGAGCAAGGACGCCCCGAGCCACGCCGGGUGCUCAUUCCGUCCACUGCGCCAGUCAGCACUACAGAUACUGGGGAAGAGUGCACCCACCAGACCACUG